AUGGCGACCGCAACGAGAGCGAGCGACGGACUUUCCCGUGAGGAUAAGCGACGCAGGCAUUACAGACAGCACAUCCAGGGACGACAGAACCCGAGUCAAAGCCAAGACCACAAUCCCAGACAGGAAGCGGCGGAGACGAAUCCAAACCAACGGCUCAAUGUCCCGACUGCGCAAAGGGGUCGCCUAUCUCGCGGGCGAGGCGGUGGUCGCGGUAGAGGAGGCUCAUUCGCACACGGCCCAUCUGCGUCGCGCAGUGGUCAAAGCCACCAAGGCCGACACUUUACCAAUGCGCUACCAAUCUCUCUGAUGCAAGGUCCCAUACAGACCAUAGAGCAGACGGAAACGCAAACGCAAACGAGCUAUGUCACAGAGGGAAUCCGUCACACGCAGUGGGAGACUCGUACUAUCCAUAGCAUGAAUGGCUCCCCAGUUUGUGCAGAAACGUCGAGUAUCCUGACUCGAACCGAAUCAACAGGCUGGUCCUCGAUGGACUAUUCUUCGACCAUGGAGGUACAUACUCCGGCUAGUGAGCCCCCCGACCCAUGGCCUCAUAGUCCGGGCGGCCACAACUAUAUGGGCACGGGCGCUCAAUUCGCACCCGAAAGCGAAGGUCUAUUAGCGCAAAUCGAAUCGAACGAUGCAACCACAAUCCAGAACAAGAGCCUCGCAGCCGCUUGUAUCUGUCCCGUUAUCGUCGUCACGAGCGAUGGCAAGGCCGACUUCAUCGACCCGGGCGCGGAGCAGAACGAGGUCGAUACUGGCGAGGACGAAGCUGGCGAGGACGACUUGCUGUCGUCAAUCCCUUUGAACAUGUCCAGGGCUCACCUUGACUGGGUUCAGCUCGAGAGUUGGCUCGAGACGCUACCGAAGCGCAUCCCGCGUGUCUCCACGUUUCCGACGAUGGGCAUCGCGCCCGCUGGCGAAGAGUCGGUAAGCUAUCGAACUCGGUCGAUCUUUAUGAUGUUCAUCCACUGA